AUGGUGGCAAUGCAGAAUCCUCAACAUAACACAUCAGAUUUUCGUGAAAGGGGCAUCUGCCCACCCUCGAACCCUUUCCGAACGCCGGGGCCUGACCGAGAUUUCUGGCCCCUCAUCCCGAAGCCGCAGCUGCCGCCCUGCCCGGCCGAGUGCCCCCGACCCUUCCGCUUCCGAUUCUUGCGGGAACCCGGCUGCGGGCCCAGGUUGUUCAGCCGGAACCGGACAUUCUCGGUGCUACCGGAAAAUUCCUGCGCGGAGGAGGCAGCCGAACAGACGAGAGAGAGCGGUCGAGUUCGGUUGGAUUUAGGGUUGUAG